AUCGGGGUUGAUUUAGCGCUCGCAUCUGACAUAAAACCCGCUCCGUGCGCAUAAAUAGGGCUGUGCGUAAAGACGGCAACACAACUGUUGCGCGUAUGCAACAGUUGUCGGCUAAUAAUAUCAGCCUGCUGCGCCUUUAAGAGGAUGACUGAGGGGAAACUUAAUAUCUCUCCAUAUCGAGCCCAAGUGUGUCUGUCAAUUACCAGUUAGAAUCGAGAGCAGGACGAUUUCUGAAUCUGUUCCUCCUUGUUCACCAAACUCUGUUCAGUUUUUCUGUUUUGGUUUUACUAAACGCAAAUAGGAUUAAAUUACGCAUUGCACCUUUAAGAAGCUGUCAGCAGGAUUAGAGUUACGCACAGCGAGCCAAGUGUCCCUCCGAAGGGGUUUUACGCACCGUCGGCAUCCAGAAGAGGCACAACUUAAGCCGCACUCCUUCUUCGCUGGUCCUGACACCAAAGGGGAGUCCUCCACGCCACGCGCGACAUGGCCGAGAUAGGGAAAGGGGUCACCGCCGGGAAACUGGCCAUCAACGUCCAGAAGAGGCUUACCAGAGCGCAGGAGAAGGUCUUGCAGAAGCUUGGCAAAGCAGAUGAGACCCGAGAUGUUGUCUUUGAGGAGAUGGUGGCCAACUUCAACAAGCAGAUGGGAGAAGGCACCAAACUGCAGAAGGACCUGAAAGCGUACCUGGCAGCAGUGAAAACCAUGCAUGACGCGUCGCGGCGGUUGCAGGACUGUCUGGCGGACAUGUACGAACCGGACUGGUUUGGCAAAGAGGAGAUGGACGCGCUGGCUGAGGAUACAGACACAAUGUGGUUGGAUUACCACCAGAGCAUCACGGACAAAUCUCUGCAGGACAUGGACAUGUACCUCUCUCAGUUUCCUGACAUCAAGGCUCGUAUAGCAAAGCGCGACAGGAAGUUGGUGGACUUUGACAGCGCCCGCCAUCACUUCACCUCCUUGCAGAAAGGCAAAAAGAAGGAUGAGGCCAAGAUCGCCAAGCCAGCAGCCCUGUUGGAGAUGGCGGCUCCCAGCUGGGCUCAGGGUUUGAUAUCAGCUCACCAGGUGGCUCAGACUAACCUCUCCUACAACCAGGUGAAACUCUGGUUCAUCACUGACAACCCCCUCCUCACCUUGAAAACUGUAACCCAGAAAGGAAAGGAGAGUAAUGUCCAUCACGAUGCCCCCUGCUGCAGAAAAGGUGCUACUGCAGCGUCAAAGACAGAAGAAUGUGCAAAGAGUGAGGGAGCCAACCACAAUGAGUCGGCCAGCUCAGCACCAAAGAGGUCUGCUCCGCCUCCUGGCCCACCUCCCAGUCGGCCUCCACCAAGAAUGACGCCAUCUCCGAACCAGCAACAGCAAAAUGUCAGCCCAUUUGAGGAUGAGCCCUCAGUGCACGACACUAACACAGACUCCACGACCACGACGCUGCAGGAGGCAUCAUGGGACUCCUGGCAAGAACAGACUGCCACAGAGGUUGAACAGCAGUAUGACGAUGACCAGUACCAAGAAGAAGCCCAAGGUGGAUGGGAUUACAGCCAAAGCAACACCCAAAGUUAUAGUCAGCCUGGCUGGGAUGAGGCAGAGACGGCGGUGGGUGAGGAGGGCUGGAUUGACGACACAGACUAUGAGGCUCAGCCAUACACCGAGCCCAACUGGGACAACGACGGUGCCAAUGUGGAACAGGGGGGCUGGGGUGAUGAUCAAUACACACAGAGUGCGGUGACCAAUGGUUCAGAUGGCGAACUCCCUCCAGGGUUCCUCUACAAGGUGAAAGCGGUACACGACUAUGCUGCUACUGAUGGUGAUGAGCUGGAACUGAAGAUGGGAGACGUUGUGUUGGUUUUGGCCUUUGACAACCCAGAUGAACAGGAUGAUGGCUGGCUCAUGGGCUUGAAGGAGUCUCACUGGUUUCAGAAGAAAGAUAUUUCAGCCAAAGGCGUUUUCCCCGAAAACUUCACCCAGAGGGUUUGAGGUUUACGCCACAUGCAAAGUCUGCUAUUCAUACAAUUUCCUCAGAUAUCUUAUCUGAGACAGAAGAAGUCAUGUUGUCUUUACGUAUCUACCUACACACCAAAAUGUAUUAGCAAAACAUGAUUGGGUGCAAAAGUGUGUAUUUAAAAAAUUAAUAUAUGUUAAAAGAUGAUGAAGAAUUAGGCUUUAUCCUUUAUUGUGACAGUUUGGUAAACGAUGUGCUAACGUCUCAAUCGAAAUGUUGUCCUGAAAUUUCUUUUUGUUUUGAUUUUUAACUUAUUGAUUUCUUCUACUUUCGGUGAAUCCAAACAAAACACAAAGUGGUGUGUUACUCAUAUUUAAGUAAGUUAACAUAAGUCAUGGAUGUACUGUACGGAUGUCAAAAUGUUUUCUUGUUUUUGGAAAAGUAUGUUUUUAAAACAUACUCCCUUGCAUGAAGUGUUUCUUUGUAUUUUCAUUUUGUUUGUAAUACAGCAAACACUGUGACACCAGGCGGGGACCCUCCUCUGUGAAAACAAGGCUGUGAUUAUUCUAAAGUUACAGGAGUCCUCAAAGAGCCCUGGAGAACACCACAAGGUUUAUUUGCAGGGUUUCUGUCUUGCCUUGUCAAAAUCAGUUUCAGUUUCUUGAGCUUGUAGGAUUUUCAAAGGGAACAGUAGCUUUUAAUUUAUAUUACUGGCCAUUUUGAGGACACGAGAUGACGUGAAGCUUACAUUUUCUAAUUCCCACAUGGUUUUGUUUUGGGGGUUUUUCUCUCUUCAAUGAUGAAUGAAAUGGUGAACCUUGCUAUCAAACUCGGCUGUUUUUGUUUUUUUCCCUUAAUGACACAUUUUUUUUUUCAUAUAAAUUGGAUUCUGAAUGUCUGUGCUAUCCGGACUUCACUUUUUUGCUGCUUAAGCACGUUUUCUUUCAUCUUUUUUGAAGUAUAAAUUUGUGUCCAUGGAGUUCACAGAAAACUGAAAGUGAAAGGUUUAAAGUUUGAAAACUCUGAGCCUUUCAGAAAUCUGUGCAAAAGAUAUUUUUACACUGUGGAAUAAAUAAGGAACAUUUAAUAAUGCAGCAUUUGAAGGACGGAAUCAGCGUCAUUAAAGGCCAAUUAAACAAUG